AUGAGAGCCGUGAUAUCGGGAGAGUGGAGUUCAUUCACUACACUAGAAGUGACAGCGCAGAAUGGUUUGUGUGCACACAUUCCGUGUCACUACAGGUACCCGUCGCAUCUAAACAAUAAACCACGGAUUGGAAUCUGGUUUAACAGUGAGACGAACAACGACAAAAAUGUAGCCUUACACUCCAAGAAUUCCAGGAAAGAAUCAACAAAGUUUCGCCAUCGGACCCGGCUGUCAGGAGAUCUGGGAGACAACAACUGUUCCCUGGUUAUAGACAACGUCACGCAGCAAGAUGCAGGUCCUUAUUUUUUCAGAGUUAAUUUUGGAGGGGGAGAUCGUUUCAACUACCACCCUGUAACACAGCUCCAUGUUACUGAUUUCACAGAUAAACCCACGAUAUUCUCUGCUGAAAUGGUGGCAGGUCAGCCUGUGAACGUGACCUGCUCCUUCAACACCACAUGUAAUGGAACGACACCCACCUUAACCUGGGUCACCCCCGCUGCGCUCAAACAUCACGGACAAAACCUCACCUGUAGAGUCAGAUACCCAACUGUCUCAUCCGAGCAGAUCCUCACACUGAAUGUGCAAUAUGCUCCGCGGAAUCUCUCAAUAACUUCCCACGACAACGUGAACAGUUCCCGGGUCAUUGUAAAGGAAGGAAACUCUGCAGCGAUCCUCUGCUCCGUCCAGAGUUUCCCAACAUCUAACCUGACGUGGAGACAUAUCGGUGUCAUGCUGAACACAACACGUUCCAGCAACGAGCUGUGGAUGGAGUUCCCUCAGCUGACACGGCAGGAUGCUGGGGUCUAUCAGUGUGUGGCGGAGAAUGAACACGGGACAGCAGAGAGGGAUGUGACCCUCACUGUAGAAUAUGCUCCGCGGAAUCUCUCAAUAACUUCCCACGACAACGUGAACAGUUCCCGGGUCAUUGUAAAGGAAGGCAACUCUGCAGCGAUCCUCUGCUCCGUCCAGAGUUUCCCAACAUCUAACCUGACGUGGAGACAUCUCGGUGUCACGCUGAACACAACACGUUCCAGCAACGAGCUGUGGAUGGAGUUCCCACAGCUGACA